AUGUCGUGGAGGCUUGCUUCAGAGCCUGGUCCCAGUUAUGGAAAAAAUUCUGAAAUGUUUACUUUAGUGGUGCAUCAUGGGGGCACAUGUUCAAAUAUUGAUGGGGAUAGAAAAUAUGAGGGUGGAAGUGUGUCCUUUUUUGAUGGUUGUGAGUAUGACUGUUUUGGUCUAUUGGACAUGGAAAGAUUGGUGAAAGAGCUUGGAUACCAACUUCCAUUUGAUUUCUGUUAUGUGGAUGUGUAUGUUAGUGGUCCUUAUAUCCCUAAUGAGCAUGAAACUAGGGAGGCUGUUUAUGAGGAUGUUGCUAAUGAGGAUUAUGGUGAGGAUGAUGGUGAUGACCAUGGUGAGGAUGAUGGUGAUGAUAUGGAAGAACCAGUGGUUACACAAGUGGAAAAACUGGGCAAAGAAUAUGCCCUAGAUGAAGAGGAAGUUAGGCAGCAAGAGAACAUCAUAACACCACCAAGUCAAUGGUGGAGCACUGUGAAUGAAGUAUACACUCAAGUGGAUGGGGAUAUUUCAGAUGGAUUCGAAGAUGAGGAAUAUCUAAACAGCCUAAACAGUGAUGAUGAUGAGCCUAUUCCUAGGAUAAGUAGAAGGCAAUUUGUACCUACUGAUGAAUGGGCUGAUUUCAAGUUUAGUGUUGGGUUGGAAUUUGCAAGUGUUGAACAGCUUAUAGAAGCUCUAAAGGAACACUUCAUAAGCAAAGACAGAGAAUUCAAUUACCUCUUCAAUAAUCAUACAAAGUUAAAGGCUAUUUGUAAGGCCACUGGCUGUGGGUGGUCUUUGUAUGCUCGGGUCCUAAAGAGGGAUAAUUUGACAUUUCAGAUUAACACCUUGGUGGAUGAACACAACUAUGGGAUUAGGUUAAAUAGCAAGCUGGUGGAUGCACCUUGGUUGGCAAAACACUUCUUACCCCAAUUCAGAAUGAACCCAAACAUGCACUAUGCAAACUUCAAGGAACUCACUUCGAACAGUAAGUUUUCUCACCCUAGUAGACACAUAUUUUAUGCUGCAAAGAAUAAGGCUCGGCUAAUGCUUGAGGGUUCUGUGGCUGAGCAAUAUGCAGUGCUUCAUGAUUAUUGCAAACAACUAAUGAAACUGAUGCCAGGCAGUACUACCAUUAUUAAAAGCAAUAUGGUGGCUGAUAGGAGGGUGUUUAAGAGGGCCUACAUAUGCUUAAAAGCAUGUAAAGAUGGCUUUAAGUCUUGUAGGCCUUUGGUUGGCUUGGAUGGAUGUUUUUUAAAGGGGUAUUGCAAAGGGAUACUACUUGCAGCUGUUGGUAUUGAUGCUGAGAACUCUAUGUUCCCAAUUGCUUAUGCAAUAUGUGAAAAGGCAAACACUGAAACAUGGACAUGGUUUCUGACUCUAUUGAAGGAGGAUUUGAGUGAGGUAGAUCAUAGAAAUUUUACAAUGAUCAGUGAUAGGAAGAAAGGCUUAUCAAAUGCCUUGUCCACUCUCUUUGAAGGUGCAGAGAUUAGAUUAUGCGUGAGGCAUUUACAUUCUAACUUCAAGAAGGAGUUCCCCGGUCUAUUGCUAAAACAAAAAUUAUGGGCAUGUGCGCGAGCAUCAACACCUGAAGAAUUCAAGAGAAAAAUGGCUGAACUAAAGGGUGUUAAUGAGAAGGCCUUUGAUUGGCUAAUGAAGAAAAGUCCCUCUGAAUGGUUCAAAAGUCAUUUCAAGACCGAUGUUAAAUGCGACAUGCUAUUGAACAACCUCUGUGAAAGCUUCAACACUGCAAUAUUGGAUGCAAGACAGAAGCCCAUUAUCACUUUGCUUGAGAAAAUUAGGUAUUGGUUGAUGAGUAGGUACUAUGUGAAAUGA